AGUUUGUUACUAAGGACUGGACAGAAGGCCUUUACACAUGCUAGAGAAGUAUUCUCCUUCUGAGCUCUGCCCCAUCCCUUUGUUAUUAUGUAAUUUAAGACAGUCACACUAAAUUAGCUAGACUUGCCUUGAAAUGCAUGCUCCUUCUAUCUCAGUAGCUAGAAUGAUAGGUGUAUGCUGCCAUAUCUGCAAGAAUAGAAUUUCAUUUAAUUUUUUAAAGAGACUGUCUUACUAUGCUGAGUAGAUCAGGCUGGCCAUGAAUUCACAGAGAUCUGUCUGCCUCUGCCUCCUCAGUGAUGGGAUUAAAGGCACUUGACAGCACACCUGUUAUUUGUGUGUGUGUGUGUGUGUGUGUGUGUGUGUGUGUGUGUGUGUGGUGUGCAUGCGGUGUGUGAAGGCUGGGAGCGUGGAGGCCAGAACACAGCUCUGUGGAGUCUGUUCAUUCUUUCUACCUUUACAUGGGCCUCAGGGAUCAAACUUCUCAGGAAUUUAGGUUAAUUUUAUUUUACAUGAAAUAGUAUUUUAGCAUGACUGUAUAUACAUCAUGUGUGUGCAGGGCCCACAGAGGUCAGGAGAGGCUGUUGGGGUCCUCUGGAACUGGAGUUACAGAAGGUAGUGAGCUGCCGUGUAGCUGAUAAACACGAUCCUCUAGCAGCAGCAAGGACACGGGCUCGCUGAGCCACCACCUCACCCCUAGUUUAGUCCAUGUGUAAAUCCUAAAGAUUGUUCAUAAGAGUUAAAGUCUAAAAGCUUGUCACUGCAAAGGAACUAAGAUUUAUGGUUAGAUAUUCCUGUCUAAUUGUAUGAUACUUGACUUAACAUGGUUUUAAUAUAUUAUGUUUGCCCUCUUACCUUUGGCAAAGCAACCACCAGACCCUUUUCUCUGCAUACCACCCGGUACCUGAACUUGCUGAAUACUUAGAGCAGGCAUUGGCCACUCUCUCAGAUACCUGUCUCCGUAUCUAGAGCAGCAUCCUUAGCCAGGGAAAGGGUCCGCUCACACCACUACCUCUGCAAUGUACUGCUGUACUGUACUUCAUGCUCAGAUUAAAUACUGGGUAAAAAUGGAACCUCAUAGUUCAGGGCAAUUUUAUAUAUAAAUUAGGAUUGCAACUCUUUGGAAAACUUGAUAUAGUUAGCUUUGGAAUUUUGCCAUAAAUAUAUAGUCAGAAGUUAGGGGGAAAGGUGGUUUUGUACAUGAACUGUACCAUCUGUAUUUCUGUUCUGUUUUCAUCUAGUGCAGUGUGGGUAGUUUAUAUAAGAAUCUUCAGUCAGUAGACCAUGCUUAAUGGGUACAUAAUACUAUGGGUAUGCUUUAAAUUAAAAUGUUUGCAUUGUAUUUUAAUAGAUUUCUAUCAGCUUCCUCUUAGAACAUUAAAUGCCCAAAAUGGAUCCAAUAAGGUAUCCAUUAUAAUCUUCUACUUAAAAUAAAAUCUGUCUGUGUCAGAAAUAUGGUCAGUAAGUUGAAAACGUGUCAGGAUUUAGAAGUUGUCGCUGUUCCGGUAACUGAUGAUCAUCAGGAGUUGUGUAGAAGAAGUCAACGAGGGCCAGCCCACCUAAUGACAUUUGAGGCUUGGCUUUAGAAAAUACUGGGACUGACUAUGCUAGAGCAGUAAGGAAAAUGGGGGGACAGGGGUCUAGCAACUUAAAGAGCCUCAGAAGGGGAGGUUGAAGGAAGUAGCGCUGCAUUGCUGAGAGUAACUGUGGGUAACAGUGGAGUGGAUGGACGGUCUCCGUACCUCUGACAGGGAAGAGGGAACGGGGGAGCUGCCUGUGGAGGAGCCUGCAGGCUGCAGAGCAGAGUGGAGUUGAGAAGUAAUGCUUCAUAAAUGGAAAGAAAUGAAAAGCAGGUUGAGGUAGGAUUGGGGAAGCCAAGGGAGGAGGUGAGAUGGAAGUUAUUACAGGAAUUGAUUAGGGUAAUGAAGAAGGAGGCAAGAACGAAGUCUGGGUAAGUCAUCUUUGGGAAGGGUCAAGGGGCAUCUCCUCUUAGGUCACAGAAGAAAGGAUAGCUGUGUGAGGGGGCAGAGAGAGGUAAAGUAAAUUAGGAGAAAUCCACACAAAGAAAAAUAAUCUGAAUUUUCUGGCCUAGGCUUAGAAUAAAACAUAACUGUGAUUGGCUAGCAGAAAGUUGGGAUGGAAUUAUACAGCACAGGUAAUUCUUUUACCUGCAGGGCCUUGUUCUCUUGGGUGACAGUGUCAGACUCUAGGGCCAAUAGGAGAGGCCUGACCAGACCAACAAAAUAAGCAUGCAGGAAAAUGUUGGGGGGGGAUGCCAUAAAGGGGAAACGGUUGUGGGCAGAACUGGUCUUAUAGUCUAGGAUGGCAUCUCAAUUUGAGAUUCUGGAGACGGAGCAAAUCUCAGCUGAGUGUGAGUCAAAGUGGUGAUCGGGUUAAAAAGAUCGUCUCAGUGAGUUUCUGUUGCUGUGCAGAGACACCAUGACACAGCAGCUCUUAGAAAGGAAGGCAUUUAACUGGCCUGGCUUGCUGGUUCAGAAGUCCAUUGUCCUGAGGCGGGAAACUUGGUGGCACACAAGCAGAGAUGGUGCUGGAGAAGUAGCUGAGAGUUCUACGUCAGGGUCCACAGCAAGAAGAGAGACGCGCUGGACGUGGAAUGGGCUUUUGUGAAUUCUCAAAACCCAACCCCAGUGACCCACUUCCUCCAACUUCCUAGUCCUUCCACUCCUCAUGACCAAGUAUUCAAAUCUGUGAGCCUGGGGGGCCAGCCAUUUUCAUUCAAACCAGCAUAUCACCUGACUGGAGACCUCAGAGAUGUUAGGAUUCUCACUUGCUGGGUUACUCUGAAAUAUACCUUGUGCAUACAGUGACAUAGCAACAUUUAGUGUGCUUCAAAUCAAACUAAUGGUGGUACGUGUUGAGCUUGUGUGUCAGCUGGUUCAGUUCAGGAGUUGUUCCAACAUGUGAGGCAAAACUAGUUUAGCCGCUGCUUGGUAAUAUUAAGUGAUAAAGACAGAACAGCCUUCUGUCCUCGUGGAUCUGACAGACUGUGCUAGAGCUUACAGGAUAGAAAGGCAAAUGUGGUUUGAGCAUUUCUAGGAAGAGGGGAAUAAACACACUUAAAACGGGGUAAUCAACUGGAGACAGGUGGUGUCACUCAGUCUGAACGGUUCAUCCCUGCAGGGAGGAAGGAUAAUACAGUUGAGGAAGGGAGAGAACACUGGCAAGAAUACAGGGAUGUUUAUUUCAAGAAUCGAAGCUAAAGUUUGAAUUUCCUGUUCAUUGAAAGAACUACAAGUAAUUUGUCAUCACUGAAACAUAUGAUAUGUGGGAAGAAGGGAGGGACAGAGUUGACAUGGGGAGCAAGUGGCACACGAAAGCCUUCCAUGUCACAUGAGGGCUUUGUAGUUAGAUCAGUGAUCUCAAAGGGAUGUGAGCGAAAAACAUGGGGAAUGGGGAGGAAAGUAUGUUUGUGUGCAUGAGGGUGUGCUCGAAUGUGUGUGUGUGUGUGUGUGUGUGUGUGUGUGUGUGUGUGUGUGUGUGUGUGUGUGAGCGUGAGCGCGCGUGCGCGCGCACUUGCUCAAAUAGCCAGAGGACAACCUGUGGACUCUUUUCCUUGCACCCUGUGAGUAUUAAACUCCGGUCCUCAGGCUGUUGGCUAGCAUCUUUACUGGAUUAGCUUUGAUCCCAACUUCUAGAACUUGUCUCAUCUGUCUUUCUUUCUGUGAUCUUUUUUUUUUAAAGAUCUAUUUAUUUUAUACAGAGUGUUCUGCAUAUAUAGCUGCAGGUCAGAAGAAGGCAUCAGAUCUCAUCACAGAUGGUUGUGAGCCACCAUGUGGUUGCUGGGAAUUGAACUCAGGACCUCUGGAAGAGCAGUCAGUGCUCUUAACCACUGAGCCAGCUCUCCAGCCCCUGUGAUCUUUUUAAAUGUUAAUUUUGUAUGCUGUUUGUUUUUGAAGCAGUUUUUUGUGUAAUUCAGGCUGGCUUUGAGCUAUAUAGCUGUAGAUGAACCUCCUGUCUCACUCUCUGAGGGCUGGGAUUGCAAGUGUUAACCACCGUCUGUGUGAUGCUGGGGAUCACACUCAGGGUUUUGUGCAUUCUGAGGCAAGUACUCUACAAACUGAGUUACAUUCUCAGCACCAAUGUCCGUAUUUGUAAUAAAAUUAUAUAUAGAAAUUGACUUAUAUGACAAGUACAUUAUCACAUUUGAAAGGCUUAUGUUCCUUAUGAGGUUGCAUGCUCAAGGGAGCGUAGAGGUUCGUCUGAGAGAGGCAGCUUAGAGAGAGAGUUGGUAGACCCAAGGAGUUCCAGUUAGAACUCACAGGUCAGAUCUACCUUAUAUUUCUGGCAUCUCAUAGGAGGGUAGAGUGGAGAAGAGCAGGUCCAAGAUCUAAGAGCUUAGGUGAACUACAGUGUCUGAUCUCAUCUCCUUGGAUACUGAGGUAAGAGGAUUGAGUCCAUGAGUUCACUGCGCAACAUAGCAAGAACCUGUCUCAAAUGAACAAAACAACAAAACUAAGGCUAAAGGAAAAAAGAAAGUAGGAGAGUGUUGGGUUAAAGGAAGAAUUCCUUUUUAAAUGUUAUUCGCCUAAAGGGGAAAGGAGACUGUAGAAAGGUUGGUUGAAGGAGAGCAGCAGAGAGUGUUUUCGGAUAUGCAGUUCUGAAGCAGGGUACAGCUGCCAGUUACAUUUAAGGACUUAUUGUACAUUCCAAGCCACUGGUUAGUGUUACAGAAUUUCAGGGAACCUUCACCAAAGCUACAUUUAAAUGCAAUGGGGGAAAUUUAAAAUGCCUAUGUAUUAUAAAGCAAACAUAUCCUUUAUUUUAAUUUGUCCACCUUUAGACAUUAAUGGGUUUUUUUGCUUUUAGAUGUUUCUAAUGCAUCUUUGCACCUAGAUGACAAAUUCAGAAGGAUUUAGCAUAUUUCCGGUCUAGUCCACCCCCAUUUUGAGCAUCAUUUGGUAUGGUCCCAGAUCGGUGUGCAUCUUUGUGUGCCAGAGCCCCUGAGAGCUUGCGUUUUGCUUUAUGGAGGCAGUAGGUUCCCAAGUAUGUCUGCCUAAGCCAUCAGAAACAUCGGGAACUGAAAGGCUCAACACAUUUACUUUGGAGGAAAACCAAACCAGAUUCUGGCUGCAGCCUCAUGUCCUUUGUUCUCCACCUCAGAAGAUGCACGUGAGGGGAGCUGCCUGGUAACUGGAGCUUCCUCUUGACCAGCUCUGCUUCUGCCUGUUUGCUCAGUUCUCAAUCAUGUCAUCUCCAGGACUCAAGGAAAGUAGUCAGAGGAAUCCCUCUGAACUCGAUACAGAACACGCACAGAAGAUCCUGGAAAUGGAGCACACCCAGCAGCUGAAGCUGAAGGAGCGGCAGAAGUUCUUCGAGGAGGCUUUCCAGCAGGACAUGGAGCAAUACCUGUCCACAGGUCACCUGCAGAUUGCAGAGAGGCGAGUGGAUGUCCCCACCCGGAAAGGCUAUGAGAACAUGAGGAAGGACAGUUCUGCAGAGAAACAGCUGCCCCAGGAUGUGCUCAGGAUCUCCAAAGUUAGCUUUUUAACUCCUGAGCCCAUGGGCAGCAUGUCCUCCAUGGAAGUGAAUGUGGACGUGCUGGAGCAGAUGGACCUGAUGGACCUCUCUGACCAGGAGGCGCUCGAUGUCUUCUUGAACUCUGGCGGAGAGGACAAUACUGUGAUAUCCCCUGGUUUGGAGAUGGAAUCCAACCCCAGUCAGAAUGAAAUGAAUCUUCAGAUUCCAAAUCCCUCAGAAUCAGCGUCCCAGCCACCUGCCUCACCCUCUGCCUGCACUGACCUGGACACUGCUGAUGCUCCCCUCAUCCAGGCUGAUGAAGAGGAGGUACAAGUGGACACGGCCUUGGUCACAUUAAACACUGACAGAAAGUCCACCCCAGGUGUCAGUGAUGACAGUGACCAGUGUGACUCAACUCAGGACAUUUAAGUGACUUCUCAGCUGUAGGCAGAAUCUUCCUACAAAGCCAGGUGCUUGGGUUUUUUGGUUUUACACAAUUGCUAAUGAGAUGUGAGAACUGUUAGAGAAGUGGUCACAAUAAAGCUAUGGACUAAA